GACGUCGCGCGGCUGCACGCGCAGUUCCUGAAGAUCGAUAAGGACGGCAGCGGGAGCCUCGAGCUCUGGGAGAUGCUCGACCACCUCGACCUCCACCGGACCAAGUUCGCGAAGCGCGUCUUCUCCAUCUUCGACGAGGACGGCUCCAACGAGAUCGACUUCCGCGAGUUCGUCGUCACGCUCUGGCAGCGCGGCGCCGGCGCCCGACGCGCGCGGUACUGCACGCUCGGGCGCACGCAGCUCGUCAUGUUCGCCUUCGACCUCUACGACCGCGACUCGUCGGGCGAGAUCGACAUGGCCGAGCUCAACGGCAUGCUCAAGGAGCUCUACGGC